GAUUGGUCAUCCACCCGUCGGAGCACAGACCACCAGCGGAACAAAAAAAGUUGUCGGCCUUUCCAGAACUAUCAAUUUUAACCGCAUCCUAGAGAACUACUAAAUAAAACACAGAACAAAAACCAAAUUCUCAUAAACCAACCACCUCCUAAACCUCACCCUUCAAAUAAAAAUCCACACAAAAUGACAACUCGUAAAAGAAACGACUUCCUCGACAUCGCCGCCAGCGACGAAGAAGACACCGACCGCGGCUACGACUCCGAAGCCGCAGAAGAAAUCAAAGGACGAACCUCCAAGCGCAGAAGAACCCAAACCACAAACGACUCCGAACAAAGCGACAAUGAAUCAGCUUCCGACUCCGACUCCGACCUGAAACUCACAAAAAGCAAAGGCAAGGCCAAAGCCAAACAGCCCUCCGAAGAACCCACCGCAGACAACGACCUCUACCUCGACGUCACAGAACAGGAAAACAAAGCCAGCAAGAAAAAGGCCUUGGAUAAAGGCAAGGCUCCGAAGAAGAAGAAACCCGGCGUCGUGUAUCUGUCGUCUUUACCGCCUUAUAUGAAGCCGUUUGCGCUCAAGUCGAUGCUUGAGGCCAGGUCUUUUGGGCCUAUCACGAAGGUGUUCUUGGCGCCUGCUGUUAAGCCGGCUUCUGCGCCGAGGAGAAGGUCGAAUAAGAGGAAGACGUAUUCGGAUGGGUGGGUGGAGUUUGCGUCGAAGAAGACGGCCAAGAUUUGCGCGGAGACACUGAAUGCAACGGUUCUUGGGGGGAGAAAGGGCAGUUGGUAUCACGACGAUAUACUAAACAUCCGUUAUUUGAAGGGAAUCUCCUGGAAUGAGAUCAUCGAAACUACUAGACGUGAGCGUGCAGAAAGGGAGGCGCGGCAACGUAUUGAGGAUACGAGGGCUCGGAAGGAGGAUAAGAUCUUCCUGCAGGGUGUUGAGGCUGGUAAGGUUAUUGAUGGGAUUCAGAAGAAGAAUGAGGAGAAGAGGAGACGGAAGGCGGAGGCUGGUGAAGAGGAAGGUCAGCGUAUGGACGAUAUCAAGAUUAGGAGGACUUUCAAGCAGAGUGAGGUCAAGAGGGGUCGCCAUACGCUGAAGGAUGGGGAGGCUACUCUGGAGGAUGAUACGAAGAGAGUCUUGGGGAAGAUUUUCUAGACCAUUUUUCGUGUACUAUUGUCUUGUAAUUAUAUCCUGGUUUUUCAGCGAAACAAGUUCGUUUUAGAAUUUCCUGCAGAUCUGCUUUUGCUA